AUGUCGAGCGCCCUCGACAUGUCCCUCAACGACAUAAUCAAAUCAAGCAAGAAGACUGCCGGCGGCGGACGCGGGAGGGGCCGUGAGGCCGGCGGGCCGUCCCGUCGCGCGCCCAACCGAACGUCUAACCGAUCCGCCCCUUACUCCUCCGAGAAGCACGGCAUGUACUCGACGGCGCAAGCAGGCGAUUUUCCUGCUCCGACGGCGAGGGCGUCCUCCAUAGAUACCGACACCAAGCUGUAUAUCUUGAAUUUAGAAUUCGGAGUGUUGAACGAGGACAUUAAGUUUUUUGGCUAUCUUGAGCCUAAGGAGGAAGAGGAAGCGGCCUUGUGGAGCGAGGCUAAUGGAGUGAGGCCUGCAGCAUUUAGAACUUCCAUGGCAUCACUCUCGUGA